CUAUUGGCGAAUCCCCGCGCCGUGCCGUGCUCUGAUUGGUGGGUCCGGAGCUCCGCGCUGGGCUCCUGAGGACCUGCCCGCCUGGAGCAGGGGCCCGGCCGCGAUGGCGCGGUGAGCUCGACCGCUGGGCUCCGCAAGGGCAGCCAGGACGACCUCGCCGCCACCCGGGCGCUUCGGUCCAGGGGCUAAGGCAGCUCCCGUUCGGUCCUCGCUGGGCAUGUUUUCCAGGGCCCAGGUGAGGCGGGUUCUGCAGUGGGUGCCCGGAAAGGAGCGACUCGGCGUCUACAGGUUUCUGCCCUUCUUUUUUGUCCUGGGAGGAACGAUGGAGUGGAUCAUGAUUAAAGUGCGCGUGGGCCAGGAGACCUUCUAUGAUGUCUACCGUAGAAAAGCCUCAGAAAGACAGUACAGAAGGCUGGAAGAAGCAUCGGAGACUGAACUUCAGCAGUCAAUAAAGUGAAUGUGAAAUUUU